GCACCACAAAGGGCACGCUGCCCAGCCAGCACCAGCGCCCGCGCCAGCCAACACAAAGGACGGAGCCCGCCCCGGCCACACAGCAGGUUGGAGGGUCCAGAAGGGUCUUGUGACUCCAUGGACACUUAGCCAGGGCCGUCCAUGGGUGAUAGGUCCCCACGCGGACACAAGCCACCCAGCCCAGGAGGACCUAGAGACCGGCGUGGAUUCAGUGAGUACCAAAUACCUGGAGGCCCACAGAUGUGAGGACUGUCCCGGCCCCAAGCCAGCACCAAGAGCCCCCCAGCCUGCACUUGUCACCCCUGCUCCCAGUCAACCAGGCUGCCUGGGGCUGAGAAGAUCUAACCCCCCCAAAUGGCUUCGACUGGCCUUGAGCUUCUGGGCAUGACUCUGGCGGUGCUGGGCUGGCUCGGGACCCUGGUGUCCUGCGCCCUGCCCCUGUGGAAGGUGACGGCCUUCAUUGGCAACAGCAUCGUGGUGGCCCAGGUCGUGUGGGAGGGGCUGUGGAUGUCUUGCGUGGUGCAGAGCACCGGCCAGAUGCAGUGUAAGGUGUACGACUCGCUCCUGGCGCUGCCCCAGGACCUGCAGGCCGCCAGGGCCCUCUGCGUGGUCGCCCUCCUGCUGGCGCUGCUGGGCCUGUUGGUGGCCAUUACGGGUGCCCAGUGCACCACCUGCGUGGAGGAUGAGGGCGCCAAGGCCCGCAUCGUGCUCACCGCCGGGGUCAUCCUCCUCCUGGCGGGCAUCCUGGUGCUCAUCCCGGUCUGCUGGACAGCCCACGCCAUCAUCCAGGACUUCUACAACCCUCUGGUGGCCGAGGCCCUCAAGAGGGAGCUGGGGGCCUCCCUCUACCUGGGCUGGGCGGCAGCGGCCCUGCUCAUGCUAGGUGGGGGGCUCUUGUGCUGCACAUGCCCCCCACCGCAGAUUGAGCGGCCCCGUGGACCCAGGCUGGGGUACUCCAUCCCCUCGCGCUCAGGGGCCUCAGGGCUGGACAAGAGGGACUACGUGUGAGGACGAAGCCUUCUCCAGGAGCCCCAACCUCCCGCGUGGCCUCCACGCGACUGUUCCUUCUACUACCAGCCCUGCUCCCCAGGAAAGCGGCACAGGCUCACCCAGGACUGGCACGGCUCGGCCACCGCGUCAGUGGUCCCGGUGCUGAAGGCAGGAAAGCUUGGGUGCUCUGCCCCCCCCUUCUGCUGUGUGGCUGGAACAGAACUGUAUGGAAGUUUCUGGCCCUGGGAACCUGGGCUUUUAACCCAAAGGGUAAAAGCUGUUUGCCCUCCCUGCCUUGAAAUUCACUAGAACACCACUGCCAUCAAGAGGCCCAGGCUGCCCAUCUGUCCGGCUCCCCACCCCCCCCCAC